UCGUUCUUAAAUUGUUGUCAACAAUGCAUCAAUGCUUUGUUGAAACCGACUACGGCAGGGAGACUAGCUAAUAUGUUUUUCCCUAAACGAUUCACCAUAUGUGUGAGGUAAAAUAUCAGCUUGUGAAUCUUCAAAAGGAAGAAAAAAACAUACCGAUUCAUAUUUCGAUUAAGCUGAGAAGUCGAGAUCCUAAACUCCCUCGUUCGUCUAUCCAGAGAACUUCUUGAGUACGGCGUCUCGUUAGAAGCUUCAUGCCGCGCUUAAAAGUUUCGUUUACUUGUACCCGUUACUCAGUUAGAUCCAUAGAAUUGUUCAACCAUAAAAACUAGAGACAUGAAACAUAGAUUAGAAAAGAAAAAGGAAUGAAGGUGUUAAUAUAGUAUUAAUGUAAUGAAAAGCAUUACUUGCUUUGUUUUUCUUCUUUUCUUUCUCAUUAUUGGAAGCAUUGUCUUUUCGAACUUGGUGACAAUCUUAGUACUACAAAACAAAAGACUUUGACCGGUCUUGGCUCAUCUCUUUCUUCUUCCCUUUCUCUAACACUUAUUUUUCUCUCUCUCUCUCUCUCUCUCUCUCUCUCUCUAGUUCUUGAAUUCAAGAUUGAAAGACACACGUAUGGCUACCUAGCUCUUGGUAAAUCCAAAAAGACACAUAUAUGGCUGAUCCAUCGAGUGGUGAACAUAUGGUUAUGAGAGAGUAUAGGAAAGGGAAUUGGACAGUGAGUGAGACUUUGGUUCUCAUAGAAGCCAAGAAGAUGGACGACGAGAGACGUGUGCGGCGAUCAGAGAAACAACCGGAAGGCAGAAAUAAACCAGCAGAGCUCCGGUGGAAGUGGAUAGAGGAGUAUUGUUGGAGAAGAGGAUGUCAGAGGGACCAGAAUCAGUGCAACGAUAAGUGGGACAAUCUCAUGAGGGAUUACAAGAAGAUCAGAGAGUACGAGAGAUUGAGGGUAGAAUCGUCUUUUAACACCAGCUCUUCUUCCUCUUACUGGAAAAUGGACAAGAGUGAGAGGAAAGAGAAGAACUUGCCAAGUAACAUGUUGUCUCAGAUAUACGACGCUUUGGCUGAGCUUGUUGGAAGAAAGACUCUUCCUUCCUCCUCCUCCGCCGCCGUAGGAAACCGUAACGGCAGCCAGAUCCUAAGAGUGUGCCAACAAAGUUUAGGAUUUGUAGCUCCGAUGAUGGCUCAGCCGAUGCAUCAAACCCCGACUACUAUUGUAUUAUCUUAUCCGCCACCGCCGCCACAAUCUCUAUGCUUAUCACUUCCUUCGCCGCCUCAACUUCCACCGUCGUCCUCAUUUCACGUUGAGCCUAUGCAGCCCACAGUAGUAAACCCACAUUCAGACAGAUCGCCGGGAAAGCGAAGGAAGACAACGCCGGGAGAAACCACCGCCGGAGGAGAGAGGGAGGCAGAGGAGGUUGCCAUUGGGGCGGCGUUAUCUAGAUGCGCGUCUGUGAUCACACAAGUGAUAAGAGAGAGUGAGGAGAGACAAGAGAGGAGGCAUAAGGAAGUGGUGAAGCUACAAGAGAGGAGACUAAAGAUUGAGGAAUCAAAAGCUGAGAUAAAUAGACAAGGUAUAAGUGGUUUGGUGGAUGCCAUUAAUCAACUCGCAACCUCUAUUCUUGCUUUGGCUUCUUCUUCUUCUUGUCAUAAUAAUCACAAUCAUCAAGGAGGUCCACCUUAAUAAUUAUAGUAAAUAGAUUCAAUUUUUAGAUGUUAAGUUGGUGAUUGGUUUGCUUAGUUAGGAUGUAGACAUGUGUAUAUAUGAAUCUUGAUUUGUAACGAUAUGUUGGCAAAUAAAGUAUUAGACCUAUAUAUCAACCAUGCAAGAUGUUCUUGUCAUGGAGUAAUUAAUGAAUCAUUAAUUAAUCAUGCAUUUUAAAAGUUGUC